CUCGGGCAUUGCAAGCCUUGGAGCCUGUCCAACCUGCUCUCAGCUCCUUCAGCACCGCCUCGACCCGACGCCAUGGCCAACAGGGGGCGCGCCACCCCGCUGCCGUCGCCGGGCGGUCGCUCGACGGCCAGCAGCGACGCCUUCGAGCUCAACAUUGAGGCCCAGAUGCUCGCCCUCCUCGGCCAGAACGAGGAGCGCAAGGCGGCCAAGCUCGACAAGAAGCGCGACGCGAUCCUCAAGCGCGCCCACAAGCUCAAGGACGCGUAUGAGGCCGAGUGCGCAGAGGCGGUCGGGACGGAGGAGGCGAGAAUCAACAAGCGCCUCGAGGAGCACCGGCAGGAGGACGCCCGCAUCGCCGCCGAGGCCCGCAAGUGCGAGCGUCAACUCCUCGCGCUCCUUCGCCAAGCCGCCGGCGACGUCGGGCAGGCGGGCGUGCGCGUCCAGGCCGAGAGGGACAUGGUCGCCCAGAAGGUCGACACGGUCGGGGUCUCUCUGUUGCGCCUCGCCGACGCGCACAACGAGGCGGUGGACGGUGCGCUGGUCAACAUGUGGGCGGGCGAGGCGGCGGCGGUCAAGCUGGAGGAGAGGGCGGGAGAGGAGGGCAAUGUGGCGGCUUGAGGCUGUGGGCGUGCGUGCUUGUCGUACUUGUCUCACGCUUGCAAGUCUGUCUGUGCGGUCGUCAA